CCAUGUUGAGGAGUCUGUCAAGCAAACUACUGCCCGCCAUUGUGUAGAGAGCAGGCUCUGUAGAAAGAUAAGGGCACUUGGCUAAAACUCAAUAGCUACAUUAUUUCUACACCCUGCCGCUUUUAUUUAGGAGUAAACACACUUACACAGACUCCGGGGGGGAAAGACAUGUCAGCCAGCAGCCUUCUUGAACAGAGACCGAAAGGCCAAGCUAAUAAAGUGCAAAACGGAGCCGUGACCCAAAAGGAUACUUUGAAUGACGAUGAGUUUGAGCCUUACCUGAAUACUCAGGCCAGACAGAGCAAUGCCUAUACGGCUAUGUCGGACUCGUACAUGCCCAGCUACUACAGCCCCUCCAUAGGAUUUUCCUACUCUCUGAAUGAGGCAACAUGGUCCACAGGUGGGGACCCUCCUAUGCCUUACCUGGCCUCCUAUGGACAGCUGAGCAAUGGGGAACCUCACUACCUCCCGGAUGCUAUGUUUGGCCAACCCGGCCCCCUGGGGAACAACCCAUUCCUAAGCCAGCAUGGCUUCAACUUUUUCCCCAGUGGCAUCGACUUCACAACAUGGGGCAGUAGCAGCUCUCAGGGACAGUCGGGGACACCGCAAAGUUCUGGCUACAGCAGCAGCUAUGCCUAUGCCCCCAGCUCGCUUGGGGGUGCCAUGAUUGACGGACAGUCCCCAUUUACACCUGCUGCCAACGAACCCCUGAACAAAGCACCUGGUAUGAACAGCCUUGAUCAGGGCAUGGCGGGGCUAAAGAUCGGUGGUGCUGCCCCUGGUGGUAAUGGAGAAAUGGCUCCUAAGGUGGUUGGCUCUGGUUUACCUGGUGGGGGGCCUCUUGGCCCUGUAUCAUCUGUUGGACCUCCCAGUAUGACUCCUGUCUCAAAUGCCCCUGCCAAGCCUGCUUCUUGGGCCGAUAUUGCCAGCAAACCAGCCAAACCACAACCCAAGCUUAAAACCAAGGGUGGCAUGGUGGGUGCCAAUUUGCCUCCUCCGCCCAUUAAACACAACAUGGACAUUGGCACUUGGGACAAUAAGGGCACCAUGCCCAAAGCUGCCACACCUCAGCAGGUGCCCCCAAUUCCCAGUAACGGACAGCCCCCUAAUCAGGCUUCCCCACAGCCUGGAGCUACAGCUACAGGGAACCCACAAAUGCCCCUGAGCAAUGGACAGCUGGUUCCACCUGUUUCCCAACUAGGGCAGCAUCAGCUUCCACCUACUGGGCAGCCAGGUAUGGCUCAGAUGCCCCAACCACCUCUCUCCCAGGGUCCCCUUCCAUCACAAAGCCAACAGCAACAACCGUCUCAACCUACUCGCUGGGUACCUCCACGAAACCGGGCCAAUGGAUUUGGAGAUUCCAGUGGGAAUGGCACAGGCCAGUCGCCUCCCACUUCUUCAAAUGUAGGAGUGGUUCCUGUGGUACCCUCUGAGCCUCACCCAGUUCUAGAGAAGUUACGCAUGGUUAACAAUUACAACCCCAAGGACUUUGACUGGAACCUCAAGCAGGGCAGGGUGUUUAUCAUCAAGAGUUACUCCGAGGAUGACAUCCAUCGGUCUAUCAAGUACAACAUUUGGUGCAGCACGGAACAUGGCAACAAAAGGCUUGAUGCGGCCUACCGUUCUCUGAGUGGCAAAGGGCCGCUGUAUCUUCUGUUCAGUGUCAAUGGGAGCGGUCACUUCUGUGGUGUAGCAGAGAUGCGCUCACCCGUAGACUACAACACGUCAGCUGGCGUGUGGUCACAGGACAAGUGGAAGGGUCGUUUUGAUGUGCGCUGGAUCUUUGUUAAAGACGUUCCAAACAGUCAGCUGAGGCACAUUCGACUGGAGAACAACGAAAAUAAGCCAGUGACCAACUCUCGGGACACACAGGAGGUGCCGCUGGACAAGGCCAAGCAGGUGUUAAAGAUCAUCGCCGGAUAUAAACACACCACUUCCAUCUUUGAUGAUUUUUCUCACUAUGAGAAGCGUCAGGAGGAGGAAGAGUGUGUGAAAAAGGUGGAGGUCCAGGGCAGCGAGCCAUAUCCCAGCAACCCAAGCAACAGGAGUCAUUACAGGCUUCAGGAGCGCCAAGGACGAGUCAAGUAACACUUGGUGCUUUGGUCAAAAGACUGCAACGGCCCCCGCUAAAGCCCAGUUCACCCCAGUACAUCAAUACAUUCAGAUCUCUACGAAAUUCUAAUAGGGGACUUAUCAAAAGGACAGAAGAAAAAAAAACUAAAUGAACACUUUGAUUUCUUGACUUUAAAGACUUCGAACUUGUAGUAAAAAAAGGAAACGAUUAUUCAUAGGACUACAACUUAAUGCAUAGCAUCUUUAGGUGAAAUCUUUUUUGCCCCGCCCCAUUCCACUACAUUUUGCUUCUUUACUUUGUAUGCUGCAUUUUUCUUUUUCUUCUUUUUUUUAUGAAAGGAUCAUCAUCUUUUUUUAUGGUCCAAGAGCAUGUCUAACCCUCACACAAACACAGAUCCAAUAGAAAUGUGUAGUGUUGGCUAAUUCUAGUGCCCCAAAGUGAAGAAUGGACAGUUUGUCUCAUUUUCUUUGUAGCCCUCCUCACCCUUGCCUCUCUUCAAAGGAUGCUCAAAUCUUUAACCAGGACCCAGUGGAGCUUCCUCAACAGUGGAUUUGCAGCAUAGGCUGGUGCCAACUAUGCUCCUAUUUUUUUUAUUACUAUUAUUUUGUGUACAUGCUCGUCAUGGGCCCUCUUGUUUUGUUUUUCCUUGGGUGGAGAGUGUAAGGGAGGGAGGAUCUAAAAACAGUAGGGAGUGGGGUUAAGUUUAAAUUCAGAUGAAAUGCUUGGUUGAUGAGCUUUGCUCCGUGUAUAAUUUUAAUGUCUGAAAAAAAAUGGGGCCCUCUGUUAACAGUCUUUAUUGGAUUCGUUUCACCCUCUUUCUUUCUCUCUCGGACAAGUUAAUUCAAUGUUGCUACGAGCUGCUUUUUGUUUUCCUCCUUCCGUUUUCUUAAAACUGAUGCGAGUGGCCUUGCCUCCACUCUAUCUAUUAAUCAGUUCAAAAAUAAUAAAUGUGGUAUAUUCA